UAGCGUGUAUCGCGUGGCGCCGUUGGCAACGCACGCUACAUGUGCGUGUCGGCUCUCUCUGUCACGUCAGUUGGUAUUUCGCCGCGCUCUGGUGUUGUUGCUAUGGUGCUGCGAUGACGCUUUGAUAAUGUACACGUACGCUGCUACUGCCGGGGGGCCUCCGCCCCACUACGCGCCCCCACCUACGUAUUUGGCCGCCCAACUGCCGCCCCCGCCACCGCCCCCAGGAGGAACACUGUCGCCGCAUUCCAAAAGGAGAAGAUCCGAUGAGGACGACCCGAGUGGCAGCAAAUACAGCCGCAUGGAAGAAGACAGCAUCCAGGACAAGGAGCGCUUUGCGAGCAGGGAGAAUCACUGCGAAAUCGAACGCCGGCGCCGAAACAAGAUGACGGCGUACAUCACGGAGCUGUCGGACAUGGUGCCCACCUGCAGCGCGCUGGCCCGCAAGCCAGACAAGCUCACCAUCCUCAGGAUGGCGGUGGCGCACAUGAAGGCCCUCAGAGGCACAGGCAACACGAGUACGGAUGGCACGUACAAGCCGUCAUUCCUGACAGACCAGGAACUGAAGCAUCUAAUAUUGGAGGCUGCAGAUGGCUUCCUGUUUGUGGUGGCCUGCGAUACGGGCCGCAUAAUCUACGUAUCGGACUCUGUUGCCCCAGUGCUGAACCAUCCUCAGAAUGAGUGGUUUGGUUCAUGCAUCUUUGACAACAUCCAUGCAGAGGAUGUCGAGAAGGUCCGCGAGCAGCUGUCCACGCAGGAACCGCAGAACACGGGCCGGAUCCUGGACCUCAAGACCGGCACGGUCAAAAAGGAGGGCCACCAGUGUGAGUAAAAUGUGUCCUGGGUGCCUCAGUUAAAUUUAAAGGAUGCUGAUUUAAAUUUUAUGGAGGCUGCAGAUGGCUUCCUGUUUGUGGUGGCCUGCGAUACGGGCCGCAUAAUCUACGUAUCGGACUCUGUUGCCCCAGUGCUGAACCAUCCUCAGAAUGAGUGGUUUGGUUCAUGCAUCUUUGACAACAUCCAUGCAGAGGAUGUCGAGAAGGUCCGCGAGCAGCUGUCCACGCAGGAACCGCAGAACACGGGCCGGAUCCUGGACCUCAAGACCGGCACGGUCAAAAAGGAGGGCCACCAGUGCGUGCAGAUGGACCGAGGGGCGGAUGACGACGGCCACGCCUCUCACUGCUGCCUCGUGGCCAUUGGACGCCUGCAGGUGACAUCGACGCCCAACACUAGCGACCUGAGCGGUGCCAACAAUAAUGCCGAGUUUAUCUCGCGCCACUCGAUGGAGGGCAAAUUUACAUUUGUGGACCAGCGUGUGAUGGCACUUCUGGGGUACACGCCGCCUGAGCUGCUUGGGAAGUCGUGCUUUGACUUCUUCCACCCCGAGGACCAGACUCAUAUGAAGGAGAGCUUUGAGCAGGGCGUGCAGAUGGACCGAGGGGCGGAUGACGACGGCCACGCCUCUCACUGCUGCCUCGUGGCCAUUGGACGCCUGCAGGUGACAUCGACGCCCAACACUAGCGACCUGAGCGGUGCCAACAAUAAUGCCGAGUUUAUCUCGCGCCACUCGAUGGAGGGCAAAUUUACAUUUGUGGACCAGCGUGUGAUGGCACUUCUGGGGUACACGCCGCCUGAGCUGCUUGGGAAGUCGUGCUUUGACUUCUUCCACCCCGAGGACCAGACUCAUAUGAAGGAGAGCUUUGAGCAGGUGCUGAAGCUCAAGGGGCAAGUGAUGUCCGUGAUGUACCGGUUCCGUGCCAAGAGCCGCGACUGGGUGUGGCUGCGCACAUCUGCAUUUGCAUUUCUCAACCCAUACACAGAUGAUGUGGAGUACAUUGUGUGCACCAACACCAGUGCAAAGUCGCUGCACUCGCAGCAGGCGGACGGUGGGACUGGCACCGAGCCGGGGGAGCAGGUGGCUGCUUACCAGCAACCCGGUCUCGACUACAGUCUGCAGCGACGAGACGCCACUCCCGUGUACCCUCACAUGAUAGCCUCUGCACAGCACAUCCAAAGUUCGCAGCAGCAGUCGGCAACUGCCCGCCCGGGUUCGGCGAACGUGUACAGUAGCUAUGACCCGACACACUCGCCCAUCGGCUACAGUUCCCCCACCACGCAGCAGACGAGCUCGGGCUCCGUGCUGAGUCGCAUCAGUAAGGCCAACACGACCAGCCCCACGCCUGCCCAGGCUGCCUGGAGUCUGAGACAGCCUGUGACGGAGGGCUACCAGUACAGCCAGCUGAGCCCAUCACGGUCACCCAGUGGGCCCACGUACACCCAGUUGAGUGCAGGUGCUCGUGGAGGGGCCUACCAUAGUAUGUGGGCCUGGCAGGGUUCCGGUCAGCCGACGGAUUCUGGCCAGGGGUCCAGCGGGUCGGCUGGACAUCCCGGAGGUUCUGGAGGGCCGGUGACUGCGGGCGGAGCGACAGGACAGCAGGGGACUGGCGGCCCACCCCAGCAGCAACAAGAGCUUUCGGACAUGCUCCAGAUGUUGGAUCAGGGGGGAGCCACCUCCUUUGAAGACCUAAACAUGUUCAACACGAGCUUUGAGUAGCACAGACUGAACACGUGUUGUGAGGUUCUGAGGUUGGCAUGGACUGAAUAUCUCAUUACUUCACCCCACCCUUAGCAUACAAGAGUUGGCAUUGAUGCCACAUGCUUAUGUUGCACAGGGUUGCCAGACGUUCCGAUGUAAGUACGAGAUACGUGGGAGUUGAUGUGUCCUUGUUCUGGUGCUUAUCAGACAUUGGAGCCCACAGUGUCCUGGAUUCAUUAGGAUAUUUGAUAACCAAAAAGGUUUCAUACAUAUGACAAUACUGAUGGUGGCGGCGGCUUUGUUGGGUCGUCGUAUUUGUGUCAGGUGGAAUACCCGCAUACAUUUUCUGGCAGUUGACACGGAACUGACGUACGCACAGUAGCUGGUCAGUGACGUCAUGCGUUCUUCAAGACCACAAACCAGUGUGAGUGGCAGUGGCUCUCGGACGACCGAUUUUGUUAACCUCUUGAAUACUAGGUUAGUAACUUGAAGUUUCUGUAAAUUGCCCUCGUUUCCAACCUUCGCAGCCCAUGAAUCAGUCGGCGAGGUUAAGCGUGGUCCUUGUUCUGGGAAAGGUCUAAGUGUGCGUCGCAAUGUGCGGAAGGUACUUAUUUCGAACGCUGGUGACAGAAGACAAUUCGUUUCUUUUUAUCUUUUGUCAAGUACUAGAUGUAGUAACCCAGCAUCUCAUUUGGGGAGUCUUCUUUCUUACAUUCCGCUCACAUUCUUCCAGUCUGCGUAUGCAUUCGUGUCUUCGCUCGUAUUUUCCUUGCUUAUCCCGUGAAACCUUAACCGCUCUGAGAAAUGCCGUAUCUUUUACUGGUGGGCGUGAGAAUGUUGGAGUUGCCUUGACUUAAUGAAGCUCUUUCAUUUUCCUGUGUUCCGUUUGGUACCAGCGAAGCUCGCCACAAAUGUUGCCAUCUAUUGGUGUCACUAUAUUUAUAAUGGCUGUUAUUCUUGUUGGAAAUUUUCUUAGGAAUUCCAUGUGCUAUGGAAGAUUGCGAUUGUAAACUUUUAUGUUCACAUUUAAUGAUGGUAAGUGUUCCGUGAGAAUCAUAAGUGUCUUAUUUGUGGUAGUUGCUAAGGAAUGGUUGAAACUGCACUUAAAAACAUUAAUUGAAGGUUAGGUUAGGUAAACAGCCCAAAAUACGUAGAAUCGUACGUCACGAGUAUACGGACACGUAAAUGUUGGGUUGGCGAUGCCGUGAUAAGAACAGGAUGGAACGUGUUUAUCCGUGCCGGUUUGUAAUCUGGUAGCGCGUCGCCACAGAGUGAACUGUGAGGUCGGUCGGAGACGCAGAUUCUUCCUCUGCGUUGGAUGCGUUGUGGCAACCCUGUGCAAAUUUGAUCCGUGAGAAAGUUGGUCAGUGUAAGUGAUGACGUCUUUACAUAUCUUGCAUAAAUGUUUUAAUAAUGUAGUGUUGUAGUUCACACACAUCUCUAAGCUAAACUGUGUCAUAGUGGCAGGCCUGUCGCAGGCUCUGCUGUGUCGCAUCGCAGGGCGGUUCUUAUGCAUUUAUAUGAGGUUGGCAAAACACAUGAUACUCCAUUUUAAUCAGCUGACCUUCGUAUUCCUCCUGAAAUAUUCUGAAUAAUUAAAGCUGGCCCGAGCUUUGCUUUCUAGUAGAUAACUUUGGAUUGUCCCUCUGAAAGUUGGUAUUGCGCGCUCAGGGCCGUACGCCGUAGAGAUACGAAGCAGCCGCCGCUCCCUUCGUUUCAUGCUGAAUAGCCCCAAUUAUUCAUCCAGAAUUGUACCAAUUUACCUUCCAAUGUCAUGUCUGAGAUUUUCUUCAGCCCCUCCUGAUGAACUCUGGGAUAUUACAUUGAAAUAAGGCACAACCGCUUCCUUCCUAAUCCUUUCUGUUUCACUGUACAUUAUAUAUUUAUUCUGUGAUCCCAUUCAGUUCUGAACGGUGUGCGGAUCCUGGUAUUAUGGAUUUCUUUUGCGUUAACGAGAGCUCCUCCUUUAUGACGCGUGGUUUCAUGUCAUAUCAC